AUGAAGCUGCAACUCGAAGCGGACUCAAACGAGCAACAGACCAAAGCCACCAAUACGGCCAGAGGCAGCGAAGAUUACAUGCCUGAAGCUUCGAAAGGUACGGGAGAUCCUUAUACGUCAAGGAACGACCUAGAGGCGACAGCUGAAGCCAAGGAGCAAUCACCCCCGAAGCCACUCGAUGCUUUUGACUCACACGCUUACCGCAACGCUGAACCGGAUAUCAGCCUCAGCACGCUAACAGAGGCUAGCCCCAACAAUGACAAGGGCGCACAUACUCCAGUCGCAACUGCCCCUGAAUCCAUUCGCAUCUAUAGCCAAACCAAUGGCGAUCUUGAGAAUUUUCUUGAAAUCAUUGCAGAGGAUGGCAAUGGCGCGCAUGUUUCAGUCGCAACUAUGAAUGAAAUCGCUUGCGUCUAUACCCAAGCCGAUGAUGACUAUGGGAAGACUCUUAAAAUUAUCGAGGGGGAGGACUUAGAAGAGCGUCUAGACCCCAGGAUCAGGAUCAUAAACUCUAGGAUGGAGAAGAACCGAAAGACGGGCGUCCCUCUGUCGAAUAAGAAUCCGCAUACCAAUGACAGUUCACUCCUAACAGUGGAUAAGUCUUCCGAGCAGGGAAGAGAUAUCAAUAAGCCCGAAGAAGCCCCUGUCCUUUUUAUGGACGCAAUGGACGAAAACACACCAUUCCUUUCUGCUUAUGCCGAAGCUGACCUGUAA